ACUAAACAAACCUUUCCUUUUAAAAGCAAUUUCAAUCCUAAUUUCUGCAUUUCAAAAUGUCACUUACUGAUGAAAAAGACUCGGAAUUCAGUAAUAUCACGGAAAAUAACUUAAACCGAAUUCACAACACUGUAUCAAAGGUUGGUUAUUCUGAUGGUAUAACAAAUGGCCGUGAAAGUGUCUUUCAAAUGGGUUUUGAUACCGGCUACGAAAAAGGAUUUGCUACCGGCUUCGAGUUGGCCAAAUACAAAGCCUUUUAUGACGUUAUGAAUAAAAGUUCCUCAGCUCCCGAGACUUUGAAGUCAGAAGGAAAUCUCUAUGAACAAUUGAACACUCCAACAGCAACCGACAAGUCUCAUUUCAUGACGGGCGCUAACGACGAAGUAGCUCGCCUCUCCCAACAACAAUCAGACUAUUUGAAUGAAAAGAAAUCUCUGUUCGCCAAGGACUUGCCUAUUGCUACUAGUUUAUUCUCUCGAUAAAGAUUAAUACACAUUUAAUAGAAAAAAUAUUAUUAAUAAAAAAAAAGUUGAUGGGAACGACA